CUAUGGAUACACCCAGUGAAACAAACGCCGACAAUGAAUGCGAUUCACUAAAUAGUGAAAACGAGCUCUUUAGAGAUUUAGGAGAUGUUAUUGAGGCGAUAGAAGAACCAUUAAAAAAGAGGGACUUAUGCAAAAAGUGUUGCCGUCCAAUUACUGUAUGUUGGUGCCCAUAUUUACCAUUAGAGCCUCUUAAUGUAAAAACUGCCAUCCAUAUAUUCCAACAUCCAUUUGAGGAGGCCAGAAGUCUGAAAACUGCGCCAAUGCUUUAUUAUGGUCUUGGGCCUAAGAAGUGUCACAUACAUGUUGGCAAAAAAUUUCCAAUAAACAAGUAUCCAGAAUUAGAACAGGUUAUUUCCAGCCCAAACACUCUGCUACUUUUCCCUGGACCAAAUGCUGUAGAUAUUAAAGAUAUAGAACCUAGAGAUGGGAGUGUAGCAUACAAUCUCCUUCUCAUAGACGGAACAUGGACUCAGGCCAAAGGAAUGUAUAGACACAAUGAAAUAUUUCAAAAUUUAAGACAAGUUCAACUUAGUGAAACUGGAGUCAGUGAAUAUGUGAUACGAACACAGCCCACAGAUGGAAGCCUUUCAACACUAGAAACUGCUGCCGUGACAAUCUCCAUAUUAGAGGGAAGACCAGAAAUUAAAGAGAUUUUGGUGAGACCUCUCAAAGCAUUGUGUGAUUUUCAACUCCAGUGUGGAGCAGCAAAACAUCACAGUAAACAAUAUCUUAUAGAAAAUGGACUAUAUACAAAGAAACUUCCGAAAAAGUUUUAUAAAAAGCAGGCCAAAAACCUAACAUGUGAAGAUGAUUCAUGACAACAUUGCUCAACAUUUAGUGUAUUUAUCCGCAUUAUAUGUUUCUUUUUUAAGAUAACUUUUAACAAUUUUACUGGAAAGUAGUAUAAUUUUGUGAAAGUAUUGUUGGGUGUGUGUGUGUGUGUG